AUGAUUCCCAAGACAACGCUAAACAUAACUUCGAAUACGACGAGUACAAAUACAAAUACAAACACAAAUGCAGGUUCAAUUCCAUUCACUUAUAUUAAUCAUUUCCUAAGGUCAUACGUUAAACAUCAGAGAAAUGCAACUGACAUUAAUAAUAAUAAUAAUAAUAAUAAUAAUAAUAAUAAUAUAGACAUAUCUCCAUUGGAAAAUUUAAAUCAUCAAGAAGAUGAUGAUAUGUAUGAUGAUCUUCCCUCUAAUGGUAUCAUAUCCACAUUUAAGAAAAUUUAUCAUUAUUUGGAUACAAAUAAAACCUUAUUCACUCAAUUGACUCAUUUUAAUACAUCAUCAUCCGCAUCAUCAACACAUGAUAAUAAUAAAAGAUCGAAAUCGAUAUCAUCUCCUCCAGAAUAUUUCAAUAAGUUAACUUUAAGAGGUUCUACUUUUGAUAAUAUUAAUAAAGAUAUCUUUCAUAAAUCUUGGAUUAUUUCAAAUUUCUUAGAUUUGGAUUUUAAAGAAACUUUGAAAAUUAUAUCAUUAAUAACAAAUAAUAAUAACGAUGAUGAUGAAAAUAAUAAUACAACUGUCCUAACUAUACAAGAUUUAAUUAUGGCUGUAUUAAAGGAAAGAAACGCAAUCUUAGAAACUUUAUUAAUCCUUUUAUCGAAUAUAGAUUUCCCUAUUAUUAAAGAUAAUUUGUUCAAUUUUUUCACCAUUGAAUCAAUUGAAAAUAUUUCAAAUGAUCUAAUAUCACUUUUUCAAUCUUUAAUUGAAGAAAAUUCAACUAUAAAUUAUUAUGAUAAUAUUUUCAUUGAUGAAAAAAUAUUUCUAGAUAACGCUAACGCUAACGAUACGGGUAAAAAUAAUAAUAACGAUAGAUUAGUUCAAUUAAUUGAUUUGAAAAAUUCAAAUAAUUUGAUUUAUAUCACAAAUUUAUUGAAAAUUCUAACAAAUUUAUUCUUAAAUUCAAAUCCAUCAAAUGAAAUAAUAUUAAAAUGGUGUCAAUUAUUCAACAAUGAAAAUGUUUUAUUAGCAUUAAAUUCAAAUAUAACAUCCUUCACACCAUCUCUAUCAUCCACAACAACAAUUGCUAACGCUAAUUCUAAUUCUAAUGAAGGAAAUUCAAUUUCAAUCUUACAAUCUUUAUUCGUUGUUAAUUCAUUAUUAAUAUUAGGGUUAGAUACAAAGACUUCAUCAAUCAAAAUUCUAGAUUCAGAAAAUCAUUUCUUCAAUAAUAAAGAAAUAUUUAAAUCUAUUCAUUCAAUUUUCAUUAAUUCUUUAAAUUUCGCUUCAUUAAAUGAUCAAUUAUCUUUAAAUCCAACAUUAUAUUAUAUGUGGUCAUUCAUACUUUACACAAAAUCAAUCAUUUUAGAUGAAACUUUCGAUAAUGACAAUGAUGAUAAUGAUACAGAAGAUUUUGUAAACUACGUCUUUAACACUAAAAAUAAUAAUGAACCAAAUAACAAUAACCUAUUAGAAACAAUUAACCAAUUUGCAUCUAUUGCUGAACAUUUAAAUGUUUUAAAUUCCAUUGAAAUUAUCAUUCAAGAUCUAUCAAAUGAUGAAAUUUAUCCAACUAUAUUAUCUUCAUUUCUAGCAUUCACAUUGAAUUUUAUUCCCAUCAAUAUUAAAUUUUCUCAUUUAAUCAAAUUAACUUUAUCUAAAGAAAUUCCAAGACCAUUCGUGGAAAAAUUCUUAACAAAUAAUUUGAUUGAAAAUAAAAUAGCAACUUUGAAAACAAAAAUCCCAUUAUUAAAGGAAGGAUUGUUACCCUUUAUAAACAUUUGUUCAACAAGUUCUCAAUUCGCUGAUUUUCAUUUAAAUCAUUUAAAUUCAUUCACAACAUUUAAUUCUUCUUCAUUAACUGAAUCUGAUUAUGAUAUUAAUGAUAUAGACCCAGAAACAAACCAGGAUAUUGACUCCGAUUUAAUUAUAUUGAAAAAGGAUAUAUCAGUAAGAUUACCUGUUGAAUUCGAUUCAAAUAUUUCAAUUAUAAUUCCUAAAGAUUCAAUAGCUAAAAUUAUUCCAAUCACAAAAGAAAUUGCGACAAAAUCAUCAACAUCAACAAAUGACAACAAUAAGGAUGACGCCAUAUCAAUAUUAUCAGAAUCAGCACCAAUUAUACCUGCACCUUCUUCAAUAGUGGUUUUCUUCUAUGAAUAUAAUGGUUGGUCAAUGAUUGGUCAUAUCUUGGAAAAUUUAGCAAGAAAUUUUUCAGAUUUAAGUAAUACUAAUUCAAUGGAUCAAGAUUUACAACAAUUAAUGAUAUCCAUUAUAGAUUUAAUUGGUAAAAUCGUUUCAUCAAAUGAAUUACCACAAGAAAGAAUAAAUCAAAUUAUAAAUGAAUUGUCAAAUAAUUCAAUGAAUAAUAUGACUGACGACAUAAAAAAUAAUAAUAUGUACGAUGGUGGUGCUGAAUUGAAUAAGGAAAUUUUUGAUGUCAUUUUUAAAAUUUUUGAAACUUCUUUAAAUAAGAGAAAUUACCAAAUUUUAAGUACUUGUACAUCAUUUACUAAUAAUUUGGUUAUAAAUUAUCCACAUUUAGUUUGGUCAUAUUUAGCAAGAUCAGAUUUGUUAGAUAAAUAUGGUAAAACUGGAUUUGCAAAUAUUAUAUUGGGUACCAUUGAAUUAUCCACUGGAAAUUAUGAUUUCACAAUUUCAUUAAUCAAAUUAACAAACAUUUUAGUCAUUGAUUUAUUAGUAAGAGAACUUACUUUAUCAUAUAAGACUAAAUGUGAAGUCACUGAUAAAUUAUUAUGUCAUUUGAUCCAUAUUUAUGAAAAUUAUCAAUUUUGGAAAUUUAAUGACGUUAACCAAAGAUUCCAAAUAGGUUACCAAUUAACCUUAAUAUUUUCCCAAAUUUUAUAUCAUUAUUAUGGAAUCGGCUGUGGAAUUGAUGCCAAUAAGAACAGCAACAAAACAACAACUAAUAAUGAAUACCAACAACAUUUCAUAUCUGCAAUUGGUAAACUCAUUAAUACGUUUGCCAAUCUUAAAGCAUUGGAUUCUCAAGCAGCAUCCAAUACACUAAUUAAUAUUUUAUUAUCUUCUCAAAAUGAUCAAAUUUCAUCAAAGGGUAAUAAAUCAUUCGGUAACCUUUAUUCAGAAUUGAUUAAUAUAUCUUUUUAUUUUGCACAUCUAUUGGUUAUUAUAAGAAGUCAUACAGGAUUAACCCCAGGCAACUUAGAAGUAUUGUUUUAUCAAAAUUCUAAAAAAUUUGUCGAAAUUUAUCACUCAUCCCCUGAAUUAAGAUCUCCAAUAAUUACUUUAUUCGAUGCUUUGAUUAAAGUUCCAAGAAAGUCUCAUAUCCUUAACAAUUUGGUUUACAAUGAUAAGAAGAUUAAUCAGGAAUAUCCAUCCUUAUUAUCAUACUUAGGUGAAGAUCAUUCGAAGUUAUUUCUGCAAACUCUUGCUGAGGAUUUGGAAAACAAUUUAAACGAUUAUCAAUUAUCUAAAAAUAUUUACACUUUCAUUGGUGAUCUGAUGGAGACAGAUCAAGAGGGGUUAGCUAUUUUAUUCUUAACUGGACAAUUUGCAUCUUCAAAUCUUAAGGAUAAGAAAAGCUUAAUCGCUAGUAAUGAAAAUAAGACCAUUUUCAAAAUUUUACAAAGGAAAGUAUCAGAACUAGACGAAUUACCUGUUUCUGUGGCAAUAAAAUUGUUAACCACCGUUGCCCGAGUUUGUAAUACUUUGAAAGAUGCACGUUUCUUCAAUGAUGAUCAGAACUGUAUCGAAAUUUUACUAGAUAUAUUCCUUUCCUUCAAGCAAUCUCAACUUCAAAACGAACAGCAACGAGAAGAAACGAAUAAUCGUACCGAUUUACCAUUAUCAAGGAAAGAAUUUAUUAAACUGUCCAAUAAGUAUGUUUUGAUUUUUAAAAUUAUGGAAAUCUUUGCAUUGAGUUUAUACUCAUCAUCAAACAGCACUACUUCCAAAGUUUUUCAACUGUUGAAUCGUAAAGAUAUCGGUACAAUCUUAACUCCAUUUUUCGAGAUACAUGGUUAUCAAAUGAAUUUAUAUGAAUCUCUUCAAAAGGAGUUCAAUGAGACGUAUCCAUUAUAUGAUUUGAAUGAUUUCAAAGUGAACCAAUUCUAUGGUUCUUCUUUAAAGAAUUUGCCAGAAAAUGCCUACGAUAUACAGACAAUGGAUUUAAUUUUCAAGAAUGAUGAAAAAUGGGUCGGCACAUGCAACUCCAUUGGAUUGAGGGAUAGAAUAAUUGAUCUUUCCAUUAAUCUUCAAUACAUCCAAAAUCAAAUAUCAUCAACAAAAUCAUGUGGUGCUUUAUUGACUUCAUUCGUGAAAUUAUCUAAAGAACCAAACACCUUUAUCGAUUUGGUGAUAAAUUUGCUGGACCUAAACAUCAGAUAUGGUAUUAUAAAUCAUGAUUUUGAAGGUAUAUAUUUUGGUAGACUUGAAUUAUGCUUUUUCAUUUUGUUUUCUUUCCAAAAAAAUUCUAAGAGUAUCGAUGAAAAAAAAUUAAUCGAGAUUCUUUCUCGAUUAUUAACAAUCUUUAAAUCAAAUGAUGUUAACUACUUGAAAAGCGUCGCAGAUCCGAACAGGGCUUCAACAACUUUUGAUUUUUAUAUACCAAUAUUGAGAUCUAUCUUAAUUAUACUCACAUUGUCGACUUCAAGAACUCAAUUUAUUGAAUUAUUAUCUGACCAACUUUUGGAAUUCUUCGAAUUUUCCUUCUCUAAUGGUGUACAAUUAAUCUUUUCACAAGUAUUAUCAGAUAUCAGCCAAUGUAAACUGGACAUUGGUUCGAAAGAGGAUAGAUUGAUUAACUUUGAAAAAAGAAAACAUAGCCUGAAUCUAUUAUUAUCAUUAUUCAAAACGCUCGUCUCAUUAAAGCCGACUGAACAUUUUAAUAUGCUAUUAGCAUCUUCGUUAAAUGAUAUGGGUACCAUUAAAGUGAUUUUAAAUGUCUAUUCGAGUGCAGAUUAUUAUAAAUCUAAGGAUGAUCCUACCAUUGGAACCAUUGUUUUACCAUACAUCACAUCUCUUUGCUCCGUGCCGCCAAUAGCAGAAAAAUUCAUCACUAAUGGAAUGUUUACCAUAUUAUUAGAAAGUCCCUUGUCUAAAGUAUUGCAGCAAGGAUUUAUUAGACCAAGAUUGGAACCUAAAUUACACAGUCUUUGGAGUAAUGGAUUACUCGUAAUAAUUCAAAUAUUGUUAAGAGAUUUCGGUUCAAGAGUUUUACCUGAAUGUUGUCUGUUUAUUUCAUAUUUCAGUAAACAAAUUAAAAGUACAAUAUUUAGUUGGUCUGAUAAUAAUAGAUUGGUUAUAUCGACGUCGUUGCUUAAUGAAACUUGGCAAUUAGUGUUGAUACAGAAAAUGCUGGAUGACUUAAAUUACAAGAAAUACUUAGGUGAAAAUCUUUCCAAUGAGAACGAUGUUGGAACAACUGUAUCAGAAACUGAUAAAACUUUCGAGCUCGUUAGUGGAUUAGACUAUCAAUAUGAAAGAAGAGACUUGUAUGCUGUCUUAAAUAAGUUAUUAACGCACCCAAGAUAUUUGAAUUCAAGAAUAAUAUCCAGUACUGUCGAAGAGCAGCAAUUGCUAGAUGAUGAAUCUACUAGAACAGUAUUCGUUGCACAACUCAAAAAAUCAAUUAAAGAUCUUCAAGAUUUUCUCAUCCAAGAUGAAUUAUAA